GUCCGCCUCUGCCGUCGCUUGUGCAUUCUCGUGCAAAUUACAUCACCUCUAGCAAAUGAUGGUGAUCCUGCAUGCAGAGUGAAUACUGUCAUGUCAAACACUGCAGCCAGUCACAGCCAGUUACCCAUGGCAUGUCAUUGGAGUGGCAGCAAGCUGACAAAGUCUCAAGGUGAAAAGAAGAAGGGUGAAGUAUUGUCCUUGAAUAUGCGCGUUGAGGUGAUCCGGGAGAGCUCGAGGGGACUCUCACAGAGGGCACUUGCUCUCAAAUUCAACUGCAGCAAGACACAGAUACAGAACAUUCUGAAAAACAGGGAUCGACUUCUGCGGGAAUGGAAGGAGGGGGGUAGCCAGUUUGUGAAAAGAAAGGGGAAACAGAGGAAUGAAAAUGUGAACAAUUUUGUGUGGGAGUGGUUCAAGGAGGCACGUGCGAAAGGCUUGCCUCUUAGUGGUCCUAUUCUACAGGAGAAAGCUCGAGAAUUUGCUGCAUUCUUUAACGUCGAGAAGUUUAAUGGCAGCAAUGGAUGGUUGGACAGUUUUAAAAAGCGUCAUAAAAUUGUGUUCAGGGAGAUCCAUGAAGAUAGUGAAACUGAGGAAGCUCACUGGAGACUUCAUAUGGCAACUAUGUGUGAGGGCUAUGAGCUCAGGGAUGUGUUUAACAUGGAUGAGACUGGACUGUUCUUCAGGGCAGUGCCUGACAAAACUAUAGACCAAGAGACAGUAUGUCAUAGAGGAGAACUUGCAAGUGAAAGACUGACAUUGUCUUUUUGUAUCAAUGCUCUGGGAGAAAAAGAGCCCCUGGUUGUCAUUUACCCCAAAUGUUUUAAAGACAAUGAUGCUCCCCAUCUGGGUGUGGAGUGGUAUUCAGAUAGUAAUGCAUGGAUGACUCCAGACAUCUUUUGUAAGUGGAUCACUAAAUUUAAUGAGAAGAUGAUUCAGGAGAAUAGAAAGAUCCUCCUCUUCUUGGAUGAUGCCCCUUGUCAUCAUCCUUUGGAACUGUCAAACAUUAACUUAAUCUUCAUCCCUGUCAGUUCUACAAGUCGUUUACAGCCACUUGAGCAAGGCAUUAUCCAGACAUUCAAAAUGUUAUACAGACGGAGAAUGCUGAGGUCACUGGUUGCCAGAAUGAAUGGUACGACAACUGUUACGCAGCUUGCUCACCAGAUAACAGUUUCUGAUGCCAUUACAUGGGUGAAGUCUGCAUGGAUGGAAGUGAAGCCUUGUAUAGCCCAGCGAUUAUUUGCCACGUGUGGUGUGAAAAUUGAACAAGCGAAUGUGGCUCUUGAGGAUGACAGUGCCACAGAACUUGAUAGUAUAACAAUAGAAAUAUCAUCUCUGGGAGAAGCAGCGGGCAUUGAUGUAGAGUUGGAGUCAGAGGCAAACCAUGCUGUUUCAUGUUACAGUCCUGGAAGUGACUGGGAACAGCAGAUACUGGGGACUUCAUGGAGUGAUGAGCUUGGCGCAGGUGAUGAAGUAGACAAAUCAGAGGAACCAGCAGUAAUGGCUCUUCCCCUCAGCCAGGCUCUGAGCAGCAUUGCUGCUCUUAAGGCUCUUGCAAAUGAAUUAGGAAGUUAUGACAAAUUGAUGAAGGCAUUAGACGUGGCAGAAGAAGAGUUUGAAAACAUUAUAGUGAAAGAGCGCUGCCACUGUUAGAAAACUUGUUUGUACAUGAUUGAUUUUGAAUAAACAUAUAAGUAUGUUGUCCUUGUA